AUGUCUUCAAACCGCUAUCUCCUCUAUCCUGUCGAGGACGUUGAUAAAGAUGGAUGGCUCUAUGGCUGGUCGGACCGUCAAUGUACUUGCAUUGCAGGUAUCCUUCAGUGUGUUUCACGAAAUGCUGCUCAACAAUGCCUCGAUAUACUCUUGCAUCAAGGGGCCUAUCCAAAUGCUCAUUGCGCCCUUCCGAAGGUACUAGGACAUUCCUCUCUAUGGAAUGAGAGGCCUGUAUCUCGAUUACAUUCAAUGUCUGACAAUGCCCCCUUCUCAUCUCAGUCUCCGACGACUUUCCUGUAUCACCGGUCGGCUUUUGGUAACAUGCGCCUCCAAUUAUCAGACACAAUUUCGGGCGCGCCGCGCUCUGACGCACAGUAUUUUUCGUUCGACGAGUCGCUGCAACUCGGACACUUAGGACUCAAUCAAUCGAUAACAAAUCAGUUAAACUUUGCUCAGCAACUUGCUGUCAACAUUCUUGCAUCGGGCUCCCUACUUUCGCAAAUCCAGAUGGUCAUCGGAAAGAGUGUUCCUUGGAGGUCCUUUGGCUGUCACCAGUCCAUUCGGCUGUUCUAUUGUGCACUGCUAUUCCUAGAAGAGUUCAUGAAGAUGCAAUGGCUGAUCAACACAUCUAACUUGGUAUCACAGGGUCGGAUGCGUAUCCGGUCAAUCAUCGUGUUGCUGCAAUCUUCUAGGAUCUCGAAUCAAUUGAACAACACUAUUUGGCUCACUCUUAAUGAUUUGAUUCUGGGUGUUGCUAUUGGAUCCUUUGUUUGCGAGAAUCAUGCAGCAAUCUCAUCAAAGUUUGACAAAUCCAUGAAUUAUGUUUUCAUUGAACUUGUGACUGAGUGUCUAAUAUGGCUAAACAACUGGCCAGCUGGUCUUAAGCUAAAUACAGAGCUUAGCUCUUUUUGUUGUCAUAUGUUUUUAGGCAUUAUUGGUAUCUGGACUUAUUUUUAUCAGAGUCUAUCUCUUCAUUUUCCUAUGAUUGUAUAUUUUAUUGGCAUAAUAGGCUAUUGUGGCUUAACAUUUCUAUUAUCAACCUUCUUGGAUUUGUUGAGAUUGUUAACUCUUCAUAUAUCUCUUGGAUUUAUUAUAUGGAAUAGGUUGAUCAAGUUUCAAUUGUCUUUUCUUCAAUCACUUGGAAAUCUUUUUCAUGGAAAACAGCUUAAUGUGCUUCAUAAUAGGAUUGAACCAUGGCAUUAUGAAGUUGAUCAAUUGAUACUCGGCACAAUUCUUGUUACUCUUUUUACAUUUAGUCUUCCCACUUUUCUCAGCUAUUUUAUGCUUUUUGCUAUUUUUAAACAUUUAGUGAUUAUUAUUGAGACUCUUAUUCAACAGCUUAUUGAGUUGAUGAAUAAGUUUCCAUUAUUUCCAUUAAUACUCAAAAUCAAGCAUCCAGCUAGACUUACUGGUUUCUUUUACUUUCUUUUACAAAAUGGUAUUCAAAAUCUUAAGGGACAAUAUAUGUCUUUUCUCUCAAUUUUCCAGUAUUUUGAUGAUAUAUAA